GUCGAAACAGGAAAGUCUAGAGCCAACAUUAGCAUAAAUCACCGGUGUAGCCCUGAAACCGGGAUAAAGCAGGAGUGGAAAUGCAGCAUAAGACCGACAUUCCCUCUUCUUGGCCGGCUCCGCUUAUACGGUCCAGCAAAAAUCUUACAUAUUGCCCAUUUAACAAUAUCGCUCACACAGUGCUUCGUUUUUCACCCCCUUUCAGUUGGUGGCGGUAAUGCACGGAUGUCAACCCCGGCGGUUAAACUCAACCCACGAAGAAGAAAAAGCGAGCGACACACACAGGUAUCCAUUGGUGACUGUAAACUGGCUUUCAUGGAGAGAGCUGAUAAACAAAAUACGAAGCUCAUAACUAACCAGCCAUACGACGAGUGCCUGGAAGUGAACGACUCAGAAGAAAUAGCAAGUUUGUACACCCCGACACCACGACUAUCAGUCUCAAAGAAGAAAAGCAGACUGCUGCAUGAAAUGGCAAACCACAGUAGUGAUGAAUUUGAAGAAGACGUAAAGCCUCAAAAGAGUGAACAAAUUAAUGGCCAGCCUGCCUUGAGUGACAAUGAGGAGGAAGAAGAGGACGAUGAUGAUUCGGAUGAGACUGAUUCUGAUGAAGAGGAGGGUGAGCUGGGAUCCGCCCCUGAAGGGGCAUAUGACCCAUCAGACUAUGACCAUCUUCCUGUCAGCACGGAGAUCAAAGAACUGUUUCAGUAUAUAACUCGGUACACUCCACAGACCAUUGAACUAGACCACAAGCUGAAACCCUUUAUUCCAGACUUUAUCCCAGCAGUGGGAGAUAUUGAUGCCUUCCUUAAAGUCCCACGUCCUGAUGGCAAAGCAGACAAUCUGGGUCUGCUGGUCCUGGAUGAGCCCUGCACCAAGCAGUCAGACCCCACCGUACUGUCACUGUGGCUCUCUGAGAAUAGCAAGCAGCACAACAUCACUGAGGUGAAAGUGAAAAGUGUGGAGAACCCGGAGAAGAAUCCCAAAGCCAUCGAGAACUGGAUUGAGAGCAUCAGCGAGCUCCAUCGUUCCAAACCCCCAGCCACUGUCCACUACACCAGGUCUAUGCCAGACAUUGAUGCUCUGAUGCAGGAGUGGCCAUCUGAAUUUGAAGAGUUGCUGGGAAAGGUUAGCCUCCCAACAGCUGAUAUCAACUGUGAUCUGACUCAGUACAUAGACAUCAUAUGUGGCAUCCUCGACAUCCCCAUCUACAAGAGUCGGAUUCACUCUCUCCAUGUGAUGUUCACGCUUUACUCAGAGUUCAAAAACUCACAGCAUUUCAAAGCCUUAGCAGAGGGUCAGAAGUCGGAUACACUGUCAGCUCCUCGUUCUGCCACUGCAGAGCCAGAUAUACUUGCUUUCGAUUGAGGACAGACUACUGACUUCUUUGGAAGCUUUAUUGUCCACCAGGUGACCAGACAUAACCAAGGCUCCUCCAUCUGUGGAAGCAGUUGUGUCCCAAAUUAUUCAGUAUUCCCUGUAUCGUGCACUACAUGUAACCAUAGCCCAAUGGAGAAUAGGGGGCCAUUUGUGGUGCAGAUUUGGACGAGGCCCAGUAUUCUACUGUCUGAAGUUCAGCCCUUGGUUUUACUAAGGCUACUGGGAAUCUAUGCUUUCUCUUUGCUGUUGCUGGUUGUAUGUAAAUAUUAAGUUAUACACAUCUUCUAAAGUUUUCUACGAUUUAAAAAAUGUAAUAAAUUGUUUUCUAAUUUCUAAA